GUGCAGUUACUGGUUAGACGCCCAGGUGUAUUUCGCCACUGUCUCGGGAAAAGAACCACCCUGAUAAUGCCGUGAUCUCCGGAUAAUGAGCCCCAAACGUUAUUCUCGCACAGUAGCACUGAUUGUCCCUCCUCCCCUCCCUCUCCUUACUGACGCGCUUUUGCGUCGUUACCGAAGCGCAUCUCCGGGUUUAGCCACCACAGCACACGUGGGUACGCGACAGAUACCUGCGCGAUCAUUUUCUCCGCCGAGGUUUCAGUAAAACCUUUGGAAUUUGCUGUCCGAUCUUCACAUCCCACCUGACGUCUUCAUCAACACAGCAAAAUGGAAGAUCAAUAACAUCAGAGAUACAUUUCCCGCUAGAAGGUGCAGCUGAACACAGUACAGGAUGAAGGCUCGGAAGGAUGCUCCGGUUGAUCGCUUCUGGGUGGUGGGGGUCAUAUUCUUCCUGCUCGGCCUCGGAACCCUCCUGCCUUGGAACUUCUUCAUGACCGCUACCAUGUACUUCCAGGAGCGUCUGAAAAAACCAGAGGGUGUGAACGGCACGGACGCCGUCCAUAAGGAGUACCACUUCAACAACUGGAUGACUCUGCUAUCCCAGCUGCCCCUGCUGCUCUUCACCUUCCUCAACUCCUUCCUGUAUCAGAGGAUCUCGGAGAAGUGGCGGAUCACCGGAAGCCUCGUCCUCAUCCUCAUCCUCUUUCUCCUCACCGCCAUCCUGGUCAAGGUCGACAUCGAGCGGGACGCCUUCUUCUCCAUCACCAUGGCAACCAUCUGGUUCAUCAACUCUUUCGGAGCCGUUUUGCAGGGCAGUCUCUUUGGGCUGGUGGGUUUGCUCCCGCAGAAAUACAGCGCUGUCUUCAUGAGUGGGCAGGGCCUGGCCGGAGCCUUCGCUGCCAUCGCCAUGCUCAUGUCCAUAUUCAGCGAGACCGAUAAGGAGACGGCUGCCCUCGGCUACUUCAUCACACCCUGCGUGGGGACGCUGGUCACCCUGGUGAGCUACAUGCUGCUGCCGCACCUGAAGUUCGCCCGCUUUUAUUUCAACAAAAGCAAGAGCUACGAGGUGGAGACCAACCAGGAGCUCCUGACGAAGGGAGACGAGGAGAUUGCAGUUAUGGGGAACGGCAAACUGAACGGUCAUGCGAACGGGGCGGUGCCCAGCGGGAACGGGGCGGUGCCCAGCGGGAACGGGGCGGUGCCCAGCGGGAACGGGGCGGUGCCCAGCGGGAACGGCACGCUGGUCCACGCUGAUACUGAAACGGAUGGCGACGGAAGCAGGCAGGCCUUCCUCUCCCUGGAGGCCAGCGACGCCCAGGACAGGAAGCUGUCCGUCCUGCAGGUCUUCAGAAAGAUCUGGGUGAUGGCGUUUUGCGUGACCUUCGUCUUCACCGUCACCCUGUCAGUGUUUCCCGCCAUCACCGCGGACGUGAAGACCAACUGUGCGGGAAACCAGACUGAGGCGGCACAGGAUGUGGAGUGCGGCGGCGUGUGGUCUGAAUACUUCAUCCCGGUGUGCUGCUUCCUCGUCUUUAACAUCAUGGACUGGAUCGGCAGGACGGUCACAUCAGCAGUGCAGUGGCCGCGGAAGGAGAGCGCCCUCUUCCCAGCGCUGGUGGUAGCGCGUGUGAUCUUUGUUCCCCUGUUUAUGCUGUGUAACGUUCAGAAGCGCUCCUACCUGCCCGUGCUCUUCGCUGAUGAGGCCUCCUUCUCCGUCAUCAUGAUGGUCUUUGCACUGAGCAGCGGCUACUGUGCCUGUCUGUCUAUGACCUACGCCCCACAGUUGGUGGCCCCUAAAGAUGCCGAAACAGCAGGGGCACUCAUGACAUUCUUCCUGGCCCUCGGUCUGUCUCUGGGGGCGGCCUUGUCCUUCCCCCUGAGAGCCCUGGUAUAGGCAGACAGCGCCCCCUAAUGGCACUGUUACAGGAGUUCUCCCUUACACCCAACACACAUUUCCAGCCUGAAACACACACAUUCAAAACCCUGCCUAUACCAGUCUGAAACACAACCAUUCAAAACCCUGCCUAUACCAGUCUGAAACGCACACAUUCAAAACCCUGCCUAUACCAGUCUGAAACGCACACAUUCAAAACCCUGCCUAUACCAGUCUGAAAUGUAUUCAUUCACAACCAAAAUCAGAUGCACUCACCAGUGUGGUAAGACACACUUAAACCAGUGUACAAACAUGUAAGGGACCUAUUCCCUGAGUCUAACCUGCUUGAGGUUGCAUAGUGCCAAGUACAAGCUUAACAUGGAUGCCAGGUGGAAGCAGAGCUUGUGUCUCCAGCACAUAUUGCGCACCUGGUCCUGAACAUGGCUCUGAUGGGUGAGAGGAGUUUGGCCUCCUGCCUGUUCCAGAGAUCCUUAGACUAGCUGCCCUGCUCGUCAUUUUGGGCAGGGGACAAGACUCAAACCUGUGCAUGGGAACAGACUGCUAGAUUUUAGCAAUAAUUUUUAAAUUGUUUUAUUUUUCUGAAGGUGAGGAAUAGCGAUGUUUGCGUAUGUAUAUUACAGACUACAGCAGUGCUGUGGAGAUGAGGGGUGUAACAGUGUGUGGGCACCUGCACUCAGGUGCGCUGCCUGUUGGAAUCUGAGGUAAACGGCAAUAUUAGCAAACGCCUGUGUUUCUCUGCCUCUCCAGUUACCGCUGUCCUUUCCCGCUCUGAGUGGAGGCUGUUCUCAGCAGCCUUUGUUGAGCUAGUUUGACUGUAGUUAGCAUUGCUGCCUAGAGCAGUUUGUUGUGUUUUGAAAGUUUUGUAACUUUUUUAUAGUGUUAUUUAUCAGUCAUUAACUGGAUAUCUGUUGCCUUUUUUAGCUAGCAGAAGGAGGGGGACCCAAGUAGGAGGCAGGAGCCCCUCAAACGAGCUAUUGUAGAGCAGAAUCGGGAGUCUGGCCUAGCAGCUGUAGCCCCAGGGGGCUGCAGGCUCGCAUCAAUUGAUGGGGGCAAAGCCGCUGUGCCCGUGAGGAAGACACUCAUAUUGAGCGGCUUCAUCUACCCUGCUGUAUAUAUAUAUAUGAAAGGCAUUUUUUUUAAUGAGUAAAGUGUAUACGGGGCUAAAUCAGGAUUUAGUGAGUCCCACUGUCUCCAAGGUUUGAUUAGAUGUUUUUUGCUAUCGGUUUUUUUUUUUUGUUCUUGGCUAAUCGUUUGGCUGUUUUGCUACAUUUCUGGGCUUUUUGUUGCGUGACCCCAGUUAAGCCCUAAGAGACUGUCUGUAUCCGUGACAGCUGUGCUGUUACUGGGAGUUUCACUGGGAAUUUCGCUUUUCACUGACCUGGGAUCAGUCACAGUUCUGCACUGUUUUUCCGUUGUGUUGCGGCUUUGAGGCGCAGAAGCGUUUCCAUUCAUACGUGUGCACCUCGUUCUGCACCCACGGCAUUCUGGGCAGCCCACACGCUGCCUCCGAUACUCACAGCUGAGUGCGUUAAAGCGCCAGCCCCGUACACAGCGCGGUGGUGAGCACACAGCGCGGUGGU